AUUAGGGUAUCCUUUAUCAUCUUGAAUUGAUAAUUUUGUUACUUUUUAGUGGAUCGAUGUUCAAUUAUAUGUUCUUUGACGGAGACGGAUUAGGAAUUUGGUGUGUGGAAGAAGAUUUACGGUUUAAUUUUUUGUCGAAUUAGGUUUUCGCUCAUUUCAAAGCCAUUGAUGGUCCUCUGAGAUUGAGAUUAAUAAGUUUGGUCUAGAUGUUAAGAAUCGCGAUUAUAGUGGUACGGAUCGGAACAUGAGAAAUCUCCAGCUUAAUUAGGGUCUAGGGAAUUGGGUUGGUUAUUCUGUCUAAAUUUCAUUUUUGGUGUUGGGGUUGUUGUGAUUGAAUUCCGUCUUUCUCUGUGUGGAAUGUAGAAUUUAGUGCUCUUUCUACAGUUUCUGGUUCGGAUAUUUUACCAACAAUAAGGGAGGCCAUGUGAGCUGCUUGGUCAGAGGUGUGAUCCUAAUUCUUUUGUUUUCGAUCUGCUUGAUUGUUCUCUCUCAGCGCUAAGAUGGGUAAAUGCAGAGGCUGUGGCGAAUUGGGGAGAAUGGUACGGAGGGAUGUGUCUGAGAAUGCUUACCGUUUCACUCUUCUUCUAUCUCCUGUGGUUUCUGUCUGGGAUUGCAUUGUUCGUAAGAUGAGAUAUUCUUUUAGACCUGAGUGGGUGUAGGUUUGGGCUUGUUGAUCUUACAUGGUUUUCUCCUUACCCUUGAAACUUAAUAUAAGUUAGCUUUUAAUGUCAGUGGAAAUUUGUUAUAAGAAAGUGUACACUUCUAAUAGAGUUCUUUAUAAGAAAAAUUGUUGUGGUAGGAUUGAUUGAUUAUAGAGUUGUAGUGCUCAUGGAUAAUAUGGCGUGUGUUCAAGUUCCACCCAUUGUUAGGAAGGAAAAGAAGAAGCAGGGAAAAGAUGAACUGGAUCGUCAAAAACAGGCUGAGAAGAAAAGAAGGCGCUUGGAGAAAGCACUGGCCAAUUCUGCUGCUAUCCGGUCUGAGCUAGAGAAAAAGAAACAGAAAAAGAAAGAAGAACAACAGCGCCUUGAUGAAGAGGGUGCUGCAAUAGCUGAGGCAGUUGCUCUGCAUGUCCUCGUUGGUGAAGAUUCAGAAGAUUCAUGUAAAAUCAUGCUGAAAAAUGAUGAACGGUUCAACCCUUGGGGUCAUGCAUCCAAUAUUGGUCUUUUCAUGGGAGGCCGGAAGACAAGCUUUCCUAUUCAGGGCAUUUCAAAGCAUUGUCUUGGAGGAUUAGGGUGGGUGCCUGAUGCACCUGGGUGCAAGUGGAGUGAUUGGGAGAUUGGUGCCUGGACACUGUCGCCUGGAGUUUUCAGUAGAGAUCUUCAUGAACCAUAUUUUGGGGAGAGAGGGAGAGGAACAACUGAAACGUCGGCUGAGCUAAUUGCAGCACAAGCAGUUUCAUCCCUUCAAAUUGCUGAAGAUACACAUUCGGAUUCAAUUUUCAUAAAUGGAAUGCUAGAGAGUAAGUUUAAGGAGUACAAAAAGUAACCAGGUCCUGUAAAGAGGUUUGAUUGUAGUUUCCAAUAAUGACUUGUAUAUAAUAUGGUUAAUGUAUCCUUGUUUUUCGGAUAAGAGUGUCUUGCUUCCUCAUUAUUGAACAUCGUUGUGGUGUAUUUAUUUUGGAGUAUUUCAUCUUUUUGUUUCAA